UUUUUUUUUUUCUUUUUUGACGAAAGCAUGCUGGACGUUGACGACAUGACGAGCGAUCAGCACGACAUGUUCUACGCCGUCUGCGAUAGUUACGGAUCGCUCGACUACGAGAAUGAAGAUAUCGGCGACGAUCUUGUCGCAGCAUUGGCUGAGGCACUCAAAGGACACCCCGCUGUGACAUCGCUCAAUUUGAGCUCCAACGAGAUUGGGAUUUAUGGAGCGUGCUCGAUUGGUGAAGCCUUGCACGAGAACAAUGUCCUGACAAAGCUCAAUAUGGGCCACAACCAGAUUGGGGCUCCUGGAGCGAAAGCCAUUGCCGGUGGGCUCAAAUCGAACAGGACACUUCAAGCGCUUUUACUUGAAGAGUGUGACCUCGGCAACAACGGAGCCCAGACGCUUGCCUCGGCGCUCAAGGUGAACACUUCGCUGACCAGGCUUGAUCUGAGAUUUAAUGGCAUUGGUGAUUCGGGCGCCAGUGCCAUUGCUAGAUCUCUGUAUUUCAACAACACGCUGACCUCGCUUGACUUAUCUGGCAACUUUUUCGAGUUGGCUGGCGUGCAGGCGAUUGCUGGGGCACUCCAAGCGAACACGACGCUGUCUGUGCUCUUUUUGGAACAGUGUCGGAUUACCGACGCUGAAGCGCAGGCGAUUGCCUCCGCACUCAAAGUGAACAGGGGCUUGACUUAUCUCGAUCUGCAAAGAAAUCAGAUUGGCGAUGUCGGAGCACAAUCGAUUGCUGAGGCACUCAAAGUGAACAAGACGCUGACUACAAUCCAUCUGUUGCACAAUCAGAUUGGCGUUCUUGGAGCGCAAGCGAUCGCUGAGACACUCAAGGUGAACAAAGCUCUCUGUGUGCUCUUUCUGCGAGAAAACCGAUUUGGCGCUGCUGGAACACAGUCCAUCAUUCAGGCUCUGGGGACCAAUCGCACUCUGGAACGGCUGUCACUGAGCUGCAAUCACGCGGGUGAUGCUGAAGCGCAAGCGAUUGCCGAAGUACUCAAAGUCAACAAGACCUUGACGCACCUGUACCUGAAAGACAGUCUGAUUGGCGAUACUGGCGCGCUAUCGAUAGCUGAGACACUCAAAGUGAGCUCGACCUUAAGAUUUCUCAACCUGUUCAACAAUGAAAUCACUGACACAGGAGCACUGGCAAUUGCAAAAGCCCUCAAAGUGAACAAAUCACUCGGCACACUCAUUUUGAGCAAGAACUUCCUGACCAAAGCUGGAAUCACCGCACUUCGACAAAGCGGCAACCCGAGCUGUGAAGUUGAUGACAAGGACGAGGGUCGCCUCGCCGAUCAAUUGGUUCCAUCCCCGGCGCACUUCCAGCGGCUUGCAGCCCGCGCCGGCGAAGCCUUCACUCGGGCGAGCCGCCUUGAGGCUGAGAAUCAGAAAGUGCGCUCCGAGCUUGCUGCUACACUCCAGGAACUCCAACAAGCACGAUCAGAACUGCAACAACUUCGCGCCAAUUUCUCUUCCCCGUCUACCGCAGCGCUGGAUCCCCUUGGAGACCUUCAACGUGCACGGCCGUCUCACGAGUCCAUCCCGCGAAUCCCUCUCGAAACGCUUGUCAGUGCCACGAGCAAUUUUGCUGCCAAGUAUCUGCUCGGCGAGGGAGCAUUUGGUCGCGUGUACGGCGCCAGUGUGUCGGGCUCUCGUGUUGCCAUCAAGAGGCUGUCCGCUGAAUCCUGGCAAGGCUCGGCCGAGUUCAAGUCGGAGCUAGACUCGUUGUCGAAAUUCCGCCACGCAAACAUCAUCACCAUCCUGAAUUACGCAGAAGAAAGAGGUGAGCGAUGCUUGGUCUAUGAGCUCAUGCCGAACGGUUCUGUGCGCGACCGUCUCAGUCGCAAGAACAACUCGCCUCCGCUGACCUGGGCGCAGCGCCAUCGCAUUGCGGCCGAUGUCGCCCGCGGCAUGAACUAUGUCCAAACCGCAUUCCCGGCUCAUGUUCUGUUCCACCUCGACCUCAAGUCGGACAAUGUGCUUUUGGACGCGCGUUUCCAUGCGAAAGUGUCGGAUUUUGGUCUUGUUCGUGCUGCCCAACACCUCGAUCAGAGGAGUUACCUUCGCACCCACAAUGUCCGAGGUACUAUGGUUUACAUGAGCCCCGAGUACCUUCGCGAAGGCAGAAUGUCGACCAAGACGGAUGUCUACGCCUUUGGCAUGAUUCUGCUCGAACUGAUCACCUCAUCACUGCCGGGACUCGCACUCGUCACCGACACGCGCAAGGUGGUCCGAGACAGGCACACGCUGUAUGCUGAUGCUUGUCUCCUCCCUCUAUCUGCCGCGGUACAACGACAGAUUUGGCAGGUCGCCGUUCGUGCAAUCGAGUGUCUGGAUGACGACUGGAACGAACGUCCGUCCUUCGGUCACAUCCUGGCCACAUGGGGUGCUUGAGAGUUUGACCAUUUCCAAAAAAAAAAAGUGAUGUGGCGAUUGUGUGUGCGACUCUGGCCUGGUUGGCAAAUUUUGAUGUGGCGUAUUGUGGAUUGCUCGUAGUAACGCAUUGACAUUUUGUAGUGUAGAUUGAAAAAGACAAAAACACCCGCAUGCACGCACAUCCAAGUGCACGAACAAGCCGAACUGUUUUGCGCAAUGUUAUGACCUGUUUGUGGAACGAACCGAAUGACUACUGAAGCAUAUGAGAA